GUAAGCAGAAGCCAUGGACUUACCGAAUAUGAUACCCAUGGUAUCGGACAUAUCAGCAGACCUACCUUGUGUCAUACGAAUUAGAAAAAACCGGUUGAUGCGGAGAAAGGAAACUGGAGAGCGGGGAUGGAUCACAUAUCCGACUCAGGCACCAGUUUUUCUGUCUAUCGGCCUGACGUCAUGUUCAUUUCGCUCCACGUCAACUUGUCUGAUUUAUCGUUUAUCACCGGGAGGCAGACCAAUCAAAUCAGUUGGCUUUGGGGAGGCCAGUGUCUGGGGCCCCGGUGAUGUUUUCCCGCCGGACAACCCCGGCUUGCCACGCACUGAGAGCCGACCAGUUCAUCGGGGCCGGACUAUCGAUGCAUCAUUGCCAGUCGUGCAUCAACGGCCAAUAGACUACGUGUCUUGUGUGCUCGUGGGACCGACCGGGAGAAAACAAGGAUCAUCGCCCAUGGUACGUCCCAGGGACAAUGGGCUGACAGGCCAGGCUAUGACGCCAGACAGGAGAAGAUCUUUUCCGUACCUGAACCAUCAACACGAUGACACUGCUGAUAGAUGAUUCUGAUGUAGUGUUCACGGCCUUCCUCAACGUCAUGCCACUGACUGCGAAGACACUGUGCAUAGGAUGGAGACGAAAAUAAUUAUAGAUCGGCAGUUACAAAAGGCCUUCGAUCGCACAUCCGUUCUAUCAAGCAUUCCAAGC